AGCCUACUGCGCGCAGAACAUAUUGAAAAAGGAAUUUGACAAACUGCAAGACGUUCAUACCUCCACAGUUUAUAUGUAUGUAGUAGCAAGCACUGCCUUUGGAUUCUCGUUGGACGUCUUUUGCUUCGUCUUCACAUCCUUAGUUACCUUUAUUAGCGCACUCCUGUUUUUUCACUGUGCAGCAAUAUUUAAUGAUUCUCUUGCAGCGUUCUCCGGUGGAGAGGUUGGUUUGGCCAUCACCCAGGUAAUGGCCAUGACUGGGAUGAUUCAGUGGGGUAUGAGACAGAACGCCGAGGUGGCGAAUCAGAUGAUGUCUGUGGAACGUGUACUGGAAUAUACUCAGAUUGUGCCUGAACCGAAUUUACGCGACCGAGGGAAGUUCGCCAAGAAAACUGAGAAGCAAGUCGCGCUUCCCGCCAACACACCAAAGAAUUGGCCGACGAAUGGAAUGAUCAAGUUCAGAAGCGUUUAUAUGAAAUACGUAGAGGAUGAUGCUCCCGUAUUGAAGGGACUGAACAUUGCAAUUAAUCCUGGAGAAAAGAUAGGUAUAGUGGGAAGAACUGGAGCUGGAAAAUCGUCUUUGAUAUCAGCUCUGUUCAGGCUAGCCAAAGUCGAUGGUGUCAUAGAAAUCGAUAGCGUGGACACUGGAUCUAUUUGUUUGGAGGAUUUACGACGUCGUAUAUCGAUCAUUCCUCAGGACCCAGUUUUAUUCUCUGGGACGUUGAGACGGAAUUUGGACCCUUUCAGUGAAUUUACAGACAAGGCUCUUUGGGAAGUACUGGAGGAGGUGGAGUUAAAAGACGCUGUAACUAGUACUGGAACAGGAUUGGAGAACCGCGUUUUAGAUCGUGGUAGCAACUACAGCGUUGGCCAAAGGCAGCUGGUCUGUUUGGCGAGAGCUAUCUUAAGAAACAAUAAAAUACUUAUGCUUGACGAAGCUACGGCCAAUGUGGAUCCACACACGGAUGCCUUGAUCCAGCAAACGAUACGAAAGAAAUUUGCCAACUGCACUGUACUUACUAUUGCUCACAGGUUAAAUACCAUUAUGGACAGCGACAAGGUGUUAGUUAUGGAUAAAGGUCGUAUGGCUUAGUGCAAUAGAUAGUGCAUGUUAGUUCGGCAAGUAAUCAGUCGGUGGACACGGAUAUGUAUUGAAAGAAGAGGAACAUGGAAGUGAAGUUCGCAUACACCAAGCACAAUCCGAAAGAGACUGCAAAUCCUAUUAGUCGAUUAUUUUUUGGAUGGAUGAAGGACAUAUACAUGAAUGGUAUUAAAAGAGAGCUCACGUUGUCAGAUCUGUAUCAUCCUUCAAAAGCGGACUCGUCGAAAACGGUGACGGAUCAAUUACAAGAAUGCUGGAACGAAGAACUUCAGAAGUGGGAGCAAAAGAGGAAAGAAACUCAACACGAGAAAUCUCUGGAGGAGAGCUCUGAUUCCCCUCGUCUGGAGAGAGCUCUGAUUCGUACAUUUUGGAAGGAAUAUCUUUUCGCUGGCAUCCUCUUGUGUGCGGAGUACAGCGGCUUGUUUAUACUCAGCCCACUUAUACUGUCGUGGAUCGUCGGCUACUUCAGGAUCGACGACGACGCUACAGAAACUACUACGGAGAACGAAGUUCUAGUCUACAUCUGCUAUUUGUUACUUUGCUUGAUAUUUUCAGUGUUCCUCAUGCACCACAGCGAUCUGUGGUCCCAGGAGAUAGGCAUGAGGAUAAGGGUUGCUUGUUGCUCGUUAAUUUAUAGAAAAAUACUAAGGCUUGGUAAAGGGGCGUUGAUUCAAAUGAGCGCUGGCCAGGUGGUGAACCUCCUCAGCAAUGAUGUCAGUCGUUUCGACGAAUUAUGUUGUUACUUGAACUUCCUCUGGAUAACGCCCAUUCAAAUCAUCAUUGUGACCACGAUAAUGUGGUACAAGCUGGGAACUGCAAGCUUAGCCGGUAUCGCGACUCUUCUGGUGAUAACCAUCCCGACUAGCAGCUUGUUCCUUAGAAUGACGCAAAAGUUUAGAGAAACCAUCGCUUGCUGGACUGACAAAAGGAUGCAGCUUAUGAACGAGCUUAUCAGUGGUAUUCAGGUGAUCAAGAUGUACGCUUGGGAGAAACCGUUUAGAAAUAUUGUCACAAACAUACGAGCUGUCGAAAGCAAGGCGAUCAGGAAUACCACUUAUGUCCGUGCAUCGCAUCUGUCCUUCUCGGCCUUUGUGAAUCGUGUCGUUCUGUUCGUAACUCUCCUGACGUACACUGCACUGGGAAACGAGGCGAAAGCGGACCUAACGUUCAUGAUGUUCAGCUACUUUCAGAUCGUUCAGCUCACGACUACGCUGUUCUUCCCGCAGGCUCUUCUAUUGGGCGGAGAGACCUUCGUGUCCAUUAAGAGAUUACAAGUUGUUUGACAUAGUUCAAUUUUACUCUAACAUAUAGUCACAUACUCUUGCUCACUUACUCACUUUUCUUCCAACGAAUACAAAUUGCCUCGCUUUUCCCCAGAAAUUUUUGUUACUGGAGGAACACACGAGCGAGGAGUCACGCCAGAACGCAGUCUUGAAAUUCAAGAAAAAGAAUAUGGAGAAAGGGAGCGUGGAAUCUAUCAAAAUGCGGUCCACGAACGCCAACCAAAAUUCCAGCUCGAACAAUAUAGAGCACGAACAAGUAGCCGUCUCGAUAGAACUGGAACGAGUGUCGGCGAACUGGAUACCCAAGCAGCUACCACCGACUUUGUGCAACCUCUCCGUCAAAAUCAAAGGUGGAAAUUUGUGCGCCUUGGUCGGUCCAGUCGGUUCAGGCAAAUCCUCGAUCUUACAUUUACUUCUGAAGGAACUUCGUCUAGGCGCUGGAAAGAUGAAACUGUAUCACGAGCCACUGGACAACAUCGAGUACGACAGACACGGGUACGCGAGCAACAUACCGAAUCUGAAAAUUUCUUACGCCAGUCAAGAGGCUUGGCUCUUCUCUGGCUCUGUCAGGGACAACAUUCUCUUUGGACAACCUUACGACAAGGAGAGAUACAUGGCUGUAACGAGAGCUUGUGCUUUGAUUAAGGAUUUCCAACAGCUGCCUUAUGGCGACAUGAGCAACGUGGGCGAAGGCGGGUCCUCUUUAUCCGGGGGACAAAAGGCACGAGUAAAUCUGGCACGAGCGGUCUACAGAAAGGCAAACGUUUAUUUGUUUGAUGAUCCUUUGAGUGCAGUGGAUUCACGCGUGGCCAAGCAUCUUUUCCACAGGUGUAUCAAAAGCUACCUUCGCGGGACUACCAGAAUCUUGGUCACCCAUCAGUUACAAUUUAUCAAACAGACAGACACUAUUGCAGUAUUGGACAGAGGUUCCAUAAGCAUGUACGGGACGUACGAGGAGUUGUCCAAGUCGAAUGAAGAUUUCACAGAAGUAAUGAAUCGCAUCGAAACGUCGACGGAGGCUAAGAAGCAAAACGAAGUUGCUGAAGCCUCUGAGAGUCUCGAGAGAAGACGAGAAAGUCUGGACGUCGGUAGAAUCGGCGUCCGUAGGUUGUCUUCCGUGAUAUCUACCAACAGUAGCGUGGCCUCCUACGACUACGAAGAUUGUAUGUCAGUGCCGGACAAUAACGAAACGGUGGCAACAGGCCGUUUCUCCAACAAAAUCUACAAGAAAUACUUUCAGAACGGCGGCUCGAUUUACGCCCUGGUUGCUUUACUAGUCAUGUUCGUUGUUUCUCAAGUGGCAAUGACUGGCAACGACUAUUGGGUCUCCUACUGGACGAACAUUGAAAUCAUAAGGAGAUCGUUGAACAGGAACAACUCGUUCAAGGCUCAGUAUUCGAUUUACGUGUUGAAUGAUACAAUAUUGUCGCGUGUGUUCGAUUUGGACGAGCACGGUCUCUUGAACACCGUCGACGCUAUAUACGUGUACGCUUUUUGCAUCAUAUCCUGCGUUGUGAUGGUAUACGCCAGGAACAUGUUCUUUAUGAAGGUUUGCACAAACGCUAGUAAAAAUCUUCACGACACGAUGUUCUCCAACAUAUUGCAAGCGACGAUGACCUUUUUUCAUAAUAACGUUUCUGGAAGGAUUUUAAACAGAUUCUCCAAGGAUAUGGGCUCCGUAGACGAGGUGAUGCCCAAGGUGAUAUUAGAGACCAUUCAGAUGUUUCUGAUGGUAGUCGGUAUCGUUUGCAUGGUGGUGACUGUGAAUUAUUGGAUGCUGAUCCCGUUAGCGGUGUUUCUCAUUCUAUUUCUAUUCGUGAGGAACUCGUUUCUGAGAACUGCCCAGAGUAUCAAGCGUCUCGAGGGUGCAGCAAAGAGCCCAGUAUUUUCCCACGUGAGCGCCACGCUAAGCGGAUUGACCACCAUCAGAAGCAGUGGAUCGAAUAUUGUGGAGUUGUUGCAAAAGCAGUUCGAUGACUUGCAAGAUGUACACACCGGUACGUGGCACAUGAGUAUAGUUGUGCCUGUAAUUUUUGGUCUGUACAUGGACUUCUUCGUGACGCUGUUCAUCGCCUGCGUUUGUUUCUAUUUCGCUGUAAUAAACACAAAUAGCAUUCUUGGAGGUAACGUCGGUUUGGCUAUAUCACAAUCGUUGGGUAUAAUUGGUACCCUGCAACAUGCGGUGAAGCGAAGUGGCGAAAUGAUAUCUCACGUAGCGUCCGUGGAGAGGAUCCUAGAGUACACGAAUUUGCCCCAGGAAGCUUCGUGGACCAGUGACAAUCCUCCGUCGGCGGAUUGGCCGAAACACGGACAAGUGACUCUGAAUAAUGUCACCAUGAAGUAUGACAAAGAAAAAGCCCCUGUGUUGAAGAAUUUAAAUCUGACGAUAGAAGCAGGAUGGAAAGUUGGCGUGGUGGGCAGAACCGGCGCGGGGAAAUCGUCCUUGAUAUCGGCGCUCUUCCGAUUAUUCGUCGAAGGACUAGAGGGAGAGAUCAGAAUCGACGGGAAAGACACCAGCAAGUUAGGCCUGCACGAGUUACGCUCGCGGAUAUCAAUCAUCCCCCAGCAACCAUUCUUGUUCUCUGAGUUACUGCGUUACAAUUUGGAUCCGUUUCGCAGUUACGACGACGCGCUACUGUGGGACAGCCUUCGACAAGUAGAAUUGAACGAUAUUACGCUGGAACAGAAGGUGAUGUCCGGUGGAAGUAAUUUAAGCAUUGGACAGAGACAGCUGAUAUGUCUGGCCAGAGCAAUUUUGAAAAACAAUCGGAUACUAGUAUUGGACGAGGCUACAGCCAAUAUCGAUACGCACACGGACGAUCUAAUUCAGAAGACCAUAAGAACGAGGUUCGCUGACUGCACUGUCAUUACGAUUGCUCAUCGUCUGCACACUAUUAUCGAUAGCGACAGGGUCAUAGUGAUGGACUUUGGUAGUAUAGCGGAAUUUGGUUGUCCUUAUGAGCUGUUGCGCGACAAGCCUCAGGGGAUUUUCUCGCAAAUGGUGAACAACACAGGAGUGUCGAUGGCGCAGUCUCUUCGCAAUCAAGCACAGCUAGCUUACGCGAAGAACACCAGGGAGAUAAGUCUGGACACUUCGAGAACACCGUCCAUGGGAAGCGACUCGACGGACACAGUCAUGCAGAGCUCCCUCUAGAAGUUUCCUAAAUUAGAAGUGAACGAAAAGCACGAUGGGGCAAAGGAGGAAGGACCGUUCGCAAUUUUUCGUAUUUAUUUAAAAUUGAAAGUAUCAAUACAAAUGUGUGCUGAAAACAAAACGAAAGAAACUCUCUUUCUCUUCCCUUCGGAUCUGUUUCCCCCUCGUCAUCUCCAUUUAUUCACCGUUACAUUAGUCUGUAAUUAGUCGAAUAAUUACAUCGAGAAAAUCAACCGCAAAACACACGAAUUUGUCGAAAUCAAAACGAUGCAAAAGGAACUUUACAAUUCUCUCUCUCUUUCGUCGUAUCUCCUCUUGCAUU